AUGUCAGUUUAUAUAGUAUCAUCCAGUCGUACACCAAUUGGGUCUUUCCAAGGUGAAUUAUCAUCAUUAACUUAUAGUGAUUUAGGAGCACAUGCCGUCAAAAGUGCUUUAGAAAAAAUUGACUUAAAACCUGAAUUAGUUGAAGAAAUUUACUUUGGAGGCGUUUUACAAGCUAAUGUUGGUCAAGCUCCAGCUAGACAAGUAGCUUUAAAAGCUGGUUUAUCUGAAGGUGUUGUUGCCACCACUGUUAACAAAGUUUGUGCUUCAGGUAUGAAAGCUAUUAUCUUAGGUGCUCAAACUAUUAUGUGUGGUACUGCUGAUAUUGUCGUUGCAGGAGGUGCUGAAUCAAUGUCAAACACUCCAUAUUAUUUACCAGCUGCUAGAUCUGGUGCUAGAUAUGGUGACUCAGUUAUGGUUGAUGGGGUUCAAAAAGACGGUUUAACUGAUGCUUAUGAUCAAAGUUUAAUGGGUAAAUGUGCUGAAAAAUGUGCUUCAGAUCAUGGAUUUUCAAGAGAAGAUCAAGAUAAUUUCGCUAUUGAUUCUUAUAAAAAAGCUCAAGCUGCUUUAGAAUCUGGUAAAUUCGAUGCUGAAAUUUCUCCUGUUACUAUCAAAGGUUUCAGAGGUAAACCAGAUACUAUUGUUUCAAAUGAUCAAGAAAUCAAAAAUUUCAAUGAAGCUAAAUUAAAAUCUGCUAGAACCGUUUUCCAAAAAGAAAAUGGUACCGUCACUGCUCCAAAUGCUUCUAAAUUAAACGAUGGUGGAGCUGCUGUUAUUUUAGUUAGUGAAUCAAAAUUAAAAGAAUUAGGUUUAAAACCUUUAGCCAAAAUUUCUGGUUGGGGUGAAGCUGCUACUAAACCUGUUGAUUUCACUAUUGCUCCAUCUCUUGCUGUUCCAAAAGCUUUAAAACAUGCUAAAAUCAAUGUUUCUGAUGUUGAUUUCUUUGAAUUAAACGAAGCUUUCUCAGUUGUUGGUUUAGCUAACACUAAAUUAAUUGAUCUUGAUUCUAAAAAAGUUAACGUUUACGGUGGUGCUGUCGCUAUGGGUCAUCCAUUAGGAUGUUCCGGUGCUAGAGUUAUCGUUACUUUAUUAAAUGUCUUAACUCAAGAAGGUGGUAAAUACGGUUGUGCUGGUAUCUGUAAUGGUGGAGGUGGUGCUUCAGCUCUUGUUAUUGAAAAAGUCGAUCCAGAAUCUAAACUCUAG